GUCUAUGUAGUGUUCUACCAUUUUUUUUCAGAUCAAACUUACGUAUCCAACCUAGCAUCUCCACAUUCCACUAACUACAUUCACUUUUGCAGGACCUCGCUGCUCUUUAUGAAAAAUUCUACCAAUUGAUCUUCACGAUGAGCAAAACUGUUUUAGACAUACGUGAGAAAGGAAAUGGAGUUAAAAAUCGAACUAGAUGAACAAGCAAAGCAAACAAUCAAGAUCCUAACAGAUGCAAUGGUGUCGAUGAGUAGAAAGAUGCCUCCGCCUUCAAGUAGAACGCAACAGCAACAAGAGCAGCAGCAAGACCAGCAAGACCUCUAGGAUGCACAGAUUUGUGAAUUGUGCGAGAUGGCAUGGAAGUCCGCUGAAAGCAGAUUUGCAACAAUCAUAGAACAGCUGCAACGACAAGUAGCGGACCAACAACAACAACAGCACCAACAAACUGAUGACAACACUGUACAAGCUCCAAUUAAUCCCACAAAUUUUCAAGACAUUGAAAUUGACAAAGCACAGGGACUGGAGCAAUUGAGCCAGACAAAUGAUGAGGCUUCUCUUCCAGUGGGGAAAUCCGUGCCUACUUCAAAAGAAGUGGUGGUUGAUGAACAACAAACUCAACCACAAGCACAUGGAAUGAAUAUCUCCACAACAGAAAAGAAGAGAUCCAAUCAAGAUUCCACCGGCAGGGAUUCAGAUGUGACAUCCACCUAUACCAGAAAGUCGAGAAGCACUGGUACCAGGAAAAGAAAAGUAUUCAAAGACCCAACUAUCCCACACUUUAACCUGGGUAUCUUCUCCAGUCAGGCAGACAAUGAUGAGACAACCCAGGAGAAGAACACUGAGGAAGAUAUCACAGGAAGUGUUGAUUUGGAUAAAGAUGUCAAUGAGACUAUAGAAGCCAGUGCACUAGCUUCAAAAUCAUUAAGUGAUACCAAAAAACUAGAGAUGAUUGCCACUGCUGCAGAACAAGUUGAGAAGAACUCAAAGGUGGUUGAAGAUUGGAAUAUUGCUUCUAACACGGGUGGUCUACUGAUGCUGGAGAAAAAUGAGUGUACCACGCCACCGCCUGCAAUCUCAAAGGAAGCUGAUGAGCUUGAUGAAGAGUUAACAAAGACAGUGGAAAAGAUCCUCAAUGAAAAACCUAAGAGGAGAAAUCCACCAAGAGUCCACCGGUUGCCCGAACGGUUCAAGUCGCCGUUCAUGCUGCAGAAAAAAAAAAAGAAAAAAUUCAUACAGUGGACAGAGGAGAAGAAGAAAAUGACCCAAAAAGAAGCCCUGUUGAUAGACUUUGCUUUCUUGCAGAGACAAGAAGAAAUAGUUAAAUUAGGGUAA